AUGGAGACGCCAACAACCCAUCGGGUAGACGGGCGAUCCAUCAUACGAGCUGGUCCGAACGCCAUCGACCAAUUCACCUUGAGCUCCGCCCCCUCCGGCGUAACCCGAAACGCACGAGUAACCAAACAGCCGAACGGGCCGCGCGGAUCAGCCAACACUGGUCGCGUCGCGGUGGAAAUUAUUUCCACCGGCAACUCCGAGCUGACGUUUCGAUCUGUUUCCAGAUGGAUUAAUUCGAUAACGGCCCAACAGAUGUUCCAAAGCACCGCUUGUUGGACCCUCGAAGAGUCGGCGCAUCAAUUCUCCAGCUUAUUCAGGAACGGCAUAAUUGAAUUCGCCCCGGGCGCCUCCCGACCUUUGGCCACCAGCUAUCGGCCGCCCGACCUUCGCUACUUCCCUUUGUUACGGAUGCAACUCCCGCCGCUUGCACUUAUCGAGUUAGCUCUGACUGCGAUGCCCGUCUGCCGCAGGAAGAAUAUA